CAAGAGAUGUGUUGACUUCAUUCUAAUUGUUCUGAAUGAUUCUAGUGGACAUCCUUGCACACUUUUAAUUCAUUUUUUGAAACUAUGAUCAAAUGUCAUUAGUAACGCGUUUCGCUGACAGUUAGGUUCCUAAAACUUUUGGAGGUAAUGGCUACAAUAUUACAAGGAAACGGAAUGAAACCUCUUCAAAAUGGAAGUUAUAGUGCUUUGGAAAUGAACAAACUCUCAGGUGGUGUUACUCAUGAAAUGCCUGCUAGUAAUGAAGCUCUCUGUCAGAUGAAAUCAGAACAAGUUUGCUCUAAUGACUUUCAGGAAGAAUACCAGAACAAUGCAGUUUUGCCAGUGGUAAUCAGUGAUGAACCUGAAGUUGACAUUGUAAUAAAUAAUGUGGUGUGUAGUUUUAGUGUAAGGUGUCAUCUUAAUCUUCGCCAGAUAGCUUUGACUGGUUGUCAUGUUGAAUAUCGAAGGGAAAAUGGGAUGCUCACUAUGAAGUUAAGAAGACCAUAUACAACAGCAUCAAUGUGGUCAUCAGGUAAAGUGACAUGCACAGGAGCUACUUCUGAAGAAAUGUCUCAUGUUGCUGCCCGAAGAUUUGCGAGACGACUUCAACAUCUUGGUUUCAAGACACGUUUUACAAACUACAGAGUUGUUAAUGUUCUAGGGACUUGUUCCAUGCCUUUUGCAAUUAAAAUAACUUUGUUUUCUGAGAAACACAGAGAAGCAGAAUAUGAACCAGAAUUACAUCCAGGUGUAACUUAUAAGCUGAAAAAUCCAAAAGCUACUCUAAAAAUAUUCUCAACUGGAAGUAUUACUGUAACAGCUCCAAGUGUGCUGGAUGUUCAACGAGCCAUAGAAACUAUUUAUCCUUUAGUAUACGAAUUCCGAAAAGAAAAAACCAAGGCCGAAGAAGUUUCUCUUAUUAAAGAAAUAUCUCGUAAACGUAAGCAUUCUACCUGCGAUGAUGAACAGUCUGAUGAUAAUAGUUCAGGUUAUUAGAAAAAUAGAGGGCGCUUUAUUCACUUUCUGCUGAUGGAUGUUAUCUGUUUUAUGAAUAGUGUAUGAGGUGUCCAUUUAUUAUUAAAAGGAUAUCAGUAUGAUAAGUCCUCUAUUUUUAGCUUUGAAAUAAGACUGGGAAACGAUUCCUCCCCCACUCGUAUCUAAUAAAGAUUUAUAUUUAUUUAUUAUAUUACAUUUUCUAUAUUUUGUUAACUGUCGUUUGGACUUAAACAGAAAGUAACAUUUACUGUUCGUUUACUUGUUUGUAUUAUAGUCAUUAAGCUCACCGAUCAAAUGCUAGUAUUUAUGUCAGUUUCAUGUUUCAGUGUAGUCAUUUUUUCUAAUAUUCUAUUAUUUAGAAUAAAUGUGUUAGUCAUUUUUAUUAUGAAGUAUCCUUCGAUAUUGGAAGUUGUUAUUGUUUUGUUAUACUAUUGUAAUAAAAUUUCGUAAAUAAAUAUUUUUAUUUUUUUUCUGUUAUUUGUUCACUUUGAGACAACAAAAAUAGGAUUUUUUUUUUGUCUGUUGCUUAUUAUAGAUGUCUUUUUAACACCUAUUAGGUGUUAAGUUUUUUUACUUGUAAUUUCUGUGAAAGGUCAACCAAAGUUUGAAUGGUGUUUGUGUGACAUUAAGCUAAUACUCAAUAUCCAAUUAAAUUAAUGUGAACUUCUGACUGAUAUAGUAAACCUCUAAUAAAAUAAUGCAACUUAUUUUAUUAUUUUUUAUUUUACAUAUGUUUAUGUUUAGUAUAAAGUAUUCAGGUUUAAUUGUUCUAAGGAUACUAUCUUUUAUAACUAUAGUAAAAUAAUCCAAUGCAUUAUUGCAAUUUUAGACCAUUUUUUACUAUAUUGUCAGUACCUUAUAAAGAAACUCAAAAGAGUUCUUUAAUUUUGUUAAUACUAUUUUGUUGUAUACCUUGUUAAUUCAUAUGACAGUUCACAAAUUUUAGACUUAAAUUUGGAAAGUGUUUAGCUGUAGUAUUUCAGAAUUCAUCUUUCAAUAUAGUUAAUAUUUGGUUAAUAUAGUGUUGGAAAUAAAUUAACUCUUUCCUUCAUUGCACAGUUGUCUGUAUUAUAUUUUAAUUAUCAAUUAUUCUAUUGUAUAAAAAAAUUUAUGUUAAAUGUUUUCAUCUUAUAUUUAGAAAAGGUGUAUACUGGUUUGUAAGAACUGAAUUGAAAAGUAAUAAUUAUAUUAAGAAAUGUUCUCAAAUUAUUUGGGAAAAAAGUCAAAUUGUGUGAUAUUCCAUUCUGUAAUUUUAGCAAUAAAAUUAUUCGUUGAAAUCGCAUAUACAAUCAUUGCUAUUAUUAUUACUGUCUUCUAGCAAAAUUACUUUAAGCCAAAUCUGUCUGUUUAGACUGAAUCUUAUGUUAUUAGAAAUAUAAUGUAAUGAUGUGUUCUUUGUAUUUUCAAUCUCUUAGAUAACAUCCUUUAAUUAACUAUCUAAUGAGUAUGAUUUAGAAAUGAGUGUAGUGAUUUAGUAAAAAUUUUAACAACACUCAAAAAGUUUGAAUCCUUAAUUUUUUUUUUUUUUUUAUGGAAUGAUUUUUUUUUUCUUACAUACGAUUUUUUGUAACAUAUAAUACUAUAUGUUUAUUUUGACAUACAUGUCUGAAAAAACAAGAAGUAUAAAUUUAUUAUGACCUUUUAAUUAUUUUAUCCCUUCAAGGACAUAAUUUUUUUUUUUAUCCAAGAUAAAAUAUUAAACUUUUUUUGAUAUAAUUUAUUUAUUUUUUUAAUGGCAUGAUAUAUAUUCCUUAAUGCUUCAUCAAAACCGAUAAUUAUGCUAUCAUUUUGAAGAUUUUACGAUGAAGAAUGAACAAUAUAUUAAUAAGCCACUUUUUUUUUUUUUUUUUCAAACCAAUUACUUUGUCUAGAGACUAUUCUACCUCUAUUUUCCCUAACCAUUUUGUGUAUAGCUUGUGUAAAAUAAUUUAUACUAGUAAAAUAAAUUAUUAAUCCAUCGUGAUCAAAAUUCGAGAGUCAAUUUGUUCUUUAUUUGGCUAUCCUUUGAAGGCACUUACAAUAUUUGUGAAAACUAUUACAGGUAUAUUCACACACCUAUAGCCAGUAAAAAAAAAAUGGUAAUCCAAAUGAAAAGUUCUAAUAUCAAAAGAUAAGAAAAAUAAGUUUUUCAUGUUGAAACUGAUUGAAAAUAAAAGUUAAUUUUAAAUUACUGGUCUUGUGUCCCAUGUUUCCUUCUGAAAAUAUUCCAUAAAGAAGAAUAGGCAAUUUUCCCCAGCAAGAAUCAUCUGUUACCAUUUCCACAUCAGGUGCAUAUUUUCUCAUCAGAAUUAAGUUCACAGAUUUCUAUAGAGGAAAACUGAAAUGGAAUAGGUGUUUUUAUAAAAUGUAAUUAUCAAGCCAUGUUCUUGAUCUGUAUCACUUCUUUUUUUCUAUCUUAUGUAGAUUUUUUCUUGUUUUUUUCAUAGGCAUUAUAUUCUUCUCUUAAUGUGCUGCUUCAGUACAAAAUGUCAUUUAUCUGUAUAUCUAGAUUAUUUAAAAAACAGGCGAAUAACAUUUUAAACUCUGGCAGUAUUGUUGGAUAGUCAAUAGUGUUGGAACCUCAUAUAAUUACUUUAGUUUUUGGUUGUGAAAUAUGGAGUAAAGUGUGCAAUUAUUGAAGAAAAUAGUUCUUUUAAAUUGUAAUUUACUUCUGUAUGUCUGUAUAUUUUGAGAAUUAUUAAAUUUGUUCAUGAAUCUUUAGAGUUUUUUUAUUUUCCUCCUAAGUGUUAACAAAAGUUUAUAGCCCAGUAAAUUUAGUAGCUGAGAUGAAGAAAAUUCAUAAUUGGCUGUAAAUGUGGGAAUUAUUUCCUCAUCCCAUGUAGAACAUACCAUGAAAAAUCU